CUUACUCUGAGCAGUCAAGGACACCCUGUUCAUGCACUCGUCGCCGUCGCCUCCGCCUCCGGAGUGAUAAAUCUUUCGCCUCGUUCGUCUUUCUAUCGCUGAGCUCUUCAUUGACGCUCAUCAUGGCGACGACUUCUGCGAAACUUGUGGAUAACGACCAAGUGCUGUCUGCCAGCCUACACAAUCCUCUUCCCAUAUAUCUCAAGACCUAUGUAUGGCCAUUCACGAUACUCUGGCCUAUCUUCCUCGCCUUCUAUCUCGACGAAGAUCGCUAUGACGAAUACAUUGACGGUCAAGAAUGGACAUUUGUCUGGGUGGCCACCAUCACCACUCUUCAGUCCUUAGCCUGGCUGGCCACCAAAUGGAACGUCAACAUCAGGACCGCUUUCACAACCUCAAAAGCCAGCAGGGUCCAGGAUGCUGAAUUGAUCAAGGUCAUCCCUAUCGUCAACUCGGGCUCUCCCGCUAUUGUCAAACUUGAGCGGGAAGAAGAUGGCAGAAUUUCCUUCUUGUUUCAGAAGAGAAGAUUCCUUUAUAAUCCAGACAAAGGCACGUUUGCCACUUUGGCUUAUGCAUUGGACGCAGAUGAAAAACCUUUCCUGCGAGACUUCCAACAGAGUCAAGGCUUGUCCACCGAGAAAGACGUCGAAAAGGUUCAAAAACAUUAUGGCGAUAAUACCUUUGACAUUCCCGUUCCUGGAUUCGUCGAACUCUGGAAGGAGCACGCGGUCGCUCCCUUCUUCAUCUUCCAGGUAUUUUGUGUCGGUCUAUGGCUACUGGAUGACUAUUGGUACUAUUCCUUGUUCACCUUGUUCAUGCUGGUCGCAUUUGAAAGCACCGUCGUUUGGCAAAGACAGCGCACUCUAACCGAAUUUCGAGGCAUGGGCAUUAAGCCUUACGACAUCUGGGUCUACCGUGUCAAGAAAUGGAUUGAGAUCAAGAGUGACAAACUGCUCCCUGGCGAUCUCGUCUCCCUGGGUCGGACCAACGAAGACUCUGGUGUUGCCUGCGAUAUGCUACUCAUCGAGGGAACUGCCAUUGUUAACGAGGCCAUGUUGUCUGGUGAAAGUACCCCACUGCUAAAAGAAUCAGUCUUGCUUCGCCCAGGAGAUAGCCGAAUUGACCCUGAGGGUAUCGACAAAGGUGCUUUUGUUUACGGUGGCACCAAGGUCCUUCAGAUCACCCAUCCUCCAACAGGUGAAGAUUCUUCUGACCCCACCUCUCUUCUCAAAUCUGGUGUCCGACCUCCUCCGGACAAAGGUGCCCUUGCUAUUGUCACCAAGACAGGUUUUGAGACGAGCCAGGGUAGUCUCGUACGAACCAUGAUCUUCUCGACAGAACGUGUCUCAGCCAACAACGCCGAGGCUCUGUGGUUCAUCCUAUUCCUGCUUGUUUUCGCACUUGCAGCGUCUGGCUACGUCUGGCAAGAGGGCGUCAAAAACAACCGAAAACGAUCCAAGCUACUCCUAGACUGCAUCUUGAUUGUCACCAGUGUCGUACCACCCGAACUACCGAUGGAACUUUCAUUAGCUGUCAACACCAGUCUUGCAGCCUUGAGCAAGUUUGCAAUCUUUUGUACGGAGCCCUUCCGCAUCCCAUUCGCCGGCCGUGUCGAUGUUGCCUGUUUCGAUAAAACUGGCACACUGACUGGCGAGGACUUGGUUGUUGAAGGAAUCGCCGGUCUAGGACUUGGAAAGUCUGGUGUGCAGGCCGAAGCUGAUGGUGCACAGUCUACCAUUACCAAAGUUCCCGAAGUUAGCAUUCAUACCACUCUUGUCUUGGCCACUGCUCAUGCUCUUGUCAAAUUGGAUGAAGGAGAUAUCGUCGGAGAUCCUAUGGAAAAGGCCACUUUGACUGCUCUCAACUGGACCCUUGGACAUAACGACAUCUUGAUCAGCACACCACCGCCAAAGUCCAAGAAACCAAAGCCCUUCUCCACUGCCGGGGCUUCACAUAUUGUCCAGAUCAAGCGUCGUUUCCAAUUCUCAUCUGCACUGAAACGCCAGAGUUCCGUCGCCUAUGUUGCUGUCACUGACCCAUCCACCGGACGCAAAGUCAAAGGUACUUACGUUGGUGUCAAGGGUGCACCGGAAACCAUUCAAAAGAUGCUUGUUUCACCCCCGCCUCACUACGAAGAAACCUUUAAAUACUUCACCCGAAACGGUGCCAGAGUUCUCGCUCUUGCCUACAAGUACCUUUCGACAGAAGCAGAGCUUGGCCAGAAGCGCAUCAACGAUCUCAAACGAGAAGAAGUCGAAAGUCAACUUCACUUCGCCGGCUUCUUGGUCUUGCAGACUCCUCUCAAGGAAGACGCCAUCAAGGCAGUGCAGAUGCUCAACGAAAGCAGUCAUCGCGUUGUCAUGAUCACUGGUGAUAAUCCUCUUACUGCUGUUCACGUUGCCAGACAGGUUGAGAUUGUCGAUCGUGAUACCUUGAUUCUUGACGCCCCCGAGCAUGACGACUCUGGCACCAAAUUGGUCUGGAGAAGUGUCGAUGAGAAGACUAUCAUUCCUGUGGACCCAACAAAAGAGCUCGAUCCAAAGAUUCUAGAUUCAAAGGAUCUCUGUGUAACAGGCUAUGCCCUGACCAAGUUCACUGGACAGGUCGGUUUCCUUCAGCUACUUCGCUACACCUGGGUGUAUGCUCGAGUUUCGCCCAAACAAAAGGAAGAGAUCUUGAUCGGUCUCAAGGACUUGGGCUACACAACACUCAUGUGUGGUGAUGGUACCAACGACGUUGGCGCUCUCAAACAAGCUCACAUUGGUGUUGCCUUGCUUAACGGCUCUCAGGAUGAUCUCAAUCGCAUUGGCGAACAUUUCAGGACAACAAAGAUGAAAGAGAUCUACGAGAAGCAAGUUGCGAUGAUGAAAAGAUUCAACCAGCCAGCUCCACCCGUUCCUGUCGGAAUUGCGCAUCUUUACCCUCAAGGGCCGAGUAACCCUCACUACGAGAAAGCUGUCAAAGCUCUUGCUGAGCGGCGAGGAAUCAAGCUUGAGAAUGGAGAAGGUGAAAAUGGUGUCAUUGAGACCAUCACCUCUCCCGGCGCUGCUGCACUGCAGCAAUCCAAUGCCAAUUUGACCCCUCAACAACGCCGACAACAAGAAGCGUCUCAGAAAGCCGCUGGAUGGGCAGACAAAUUCACGGCAACAAUGAUGGAAAACGAACUCGAUGAUAAUGAACCACCAACCAUCAAACUCGGCGACGCAUCAGCUGCUGCACCAUUUACGAGCAAGCUGGCCAAUGUUAUUGCCAUCCCCAACAUCAUUCGACAAGGCAGAUGUACACUCGUUGCAACAAUUCAGAUGUACAAGAUUCUUGCCCUAAACUGUCUUAUCAGUGCUUACAGUUUAUCGGUCAUCUAUCUUUCCGGUAUCAAAUUCGGUGACGGUCAAGUGACCAUUUCUGGAAUGCUCAUGUCGGUUUGUUUCUUAUCCAUCUCUCGGGCCAGACCUGUCGAAGCUCUAUCACGAGAACGACCACAACCCAACAUUCUCAAUGCCUACAUUCUUGGCUCGGUCCUAGCUCAAUUCGCCAUUCAUUGUGGAACUUUGAUCUAUCUCUCCAAUGUCGUGUACUCACUUGUACCACCUUCAGAUGAAGUUGACCUUGAGGGCGAAUUCGAGCCAUCGCUUCUCAACAGCGCCGUCUACCUGAUGCAGCUGAUCCAGCAAGUUUCCACCUUUGCCAUCAAUUAUCAAGGCCGCCCAUUCCGUGAAAGCAUCCGCGAGAACCGCGGAAUGUACUGGGGACUUCUCGCUUGUUCAUUCGUCGCAUUCGCAGGCAGCACCGAGUUCAUUCCUGAACUGAACGACAAACUCCGUCUCGUUCCAUUUUCAAGCGAAUUCAAAUGGACACUCACCUCGUUGAUGAUCAUCGACUUCUGCGGCUGUUGGGUGGUGGAACAAGUCUUCAAACACAUGUUCAGCGACUUUCGACCAAAAGAUAUUGCCAACAAGAGACCCGAUCAAGUUGCAAGAGACGAUCAAAGAAGGAAAGCGGCCAUGGAAAAGGCCGAGCAAGAGAGAAUUGCCGAGAUUGAGAAAAAGAGAGGCGUUGCCAACAGUCAGGCACCUGCUAAGCGUAGAUAGAUAGAUGGUCAAUCAGGACCUGUCAGUGCGAGUGUGAGUGUGAGUGAUGUUACACUUUUUCUCGCCAUUCUUCCCGUGUCUUUAGCUGCAUACAGAUAGAAAUCAAAUUGGCGUUGGGUUAUGAGAUUUGAGAUUCUAUGACAAAGUCAUGUUAUUCUUGUAUGUAAAUGCAUUCGACUCUGCAAGACAUGUAUAUGUGUG